AGAGAGAGACCGAGAGAGAGAGAGAGAGAGGGCUCAAUUAACUGCUUCAAUUAACCAGCCUGGACCCUCAGUGUGUGUCAGUGUGUGUCUGUGUGUGUCUGUGUGUGUGUCUGUCUGCACAUUGUUGAUCAACCCUGGACCAGAUCCGUGAAUCAGCCUCUGGAGACAGGAUCUCGGCGCUCGGACAGGCCGCAGGACUCGGGCAGACAUGUCGGACAGCCCCGGGUGUGAGUUUGAGAUCGACGUGGAGAGUCUGGAGACGGAGAGCGACGACCCGGCGGACUCCUACAGCCCCGGACCCGGUCCCGGACCCGAUCCCGGUCCCGGCUCCGGCUCCGCGCCGCUCGGCCCCGGCGCCUCGGAGGACGACGCGGACGAAGGCAAGAGCGACGACAAGCCGGGGCCCGGCGGCCCGGGCCCGGGGGAGCAGAGGAAGCUGAGCCGGACCCCGAAGUGCGCCCGCUGCCGGAACCACGGGGUGGUCUCCUGCCUCAAGGGCCACAAGCGCUUCUGCCGCUGGAGAGACUGUCAGUGCGCGAACUGUCUGCUGGUGGUGGAGCGGCAGCGCGUCAUGGCGGCGCAGGUGGCGCUCCGCAGGCAGCAGGCCACCGAGGAUAAAAAAGGCAUAUCUGGGAAACAGCUUCCAACCGAGAGGAGGACGAUAUAUCAGCGUCACAUCCGACCGUCCACCAUGCUCGCCAAAAGCAUCCUGGAAGGGUAUCGUCCGGUGCAGACGGAUCCGUUCCUGGCUGCCAACUCCGCUCUGCCCCCACCCCUGAGCGACCGCAUGAGGAAGAGGAGGGCCUUCGCCGACAAGGAGCUGGAGACCAUCAUGCUGGAGCGGGAGUACAAAGAGCGAGAGCUGAUGGAGAACAGCCAGGCGGCCUCGCUCAUCUUUCCCAACAGCAUGGUCCACCACGCCGCCGAGUACAACUCCUACAAGACGGCCUACUCGCCGGCAGCUCAGCUGGAGCCGCAGCCCAAAGAGUUGUGCAACUUCAUGGGGCCCAACUGCCUGGAUCUGUCCAUGCAGUACCCCAGCGGCUCCGCCAACGUCGAGCUCAUCUCCUCCAACGUCAGCGUGGCCACCACCUACCGCCACUACCCGCUGCAGCCGUCACGAGGCAGCUUCAUGAUGUGGCCCCGCAGUGCGUCCAACCUGGGGGACGCCCUGCUCUACCAGCAGUGUCUGUUCAACGCCACAGCGGUGCAGAACAUGAAGCCAGGGGCCGUGUGGGAGCCCAAGGCCAUGCCGGCUGAGAGCCAGCUGCCCGAGCAGGAAGCUGCGGCCGCUCUCGCCGCUAAACUGGAAGGAUCCCGAGCGGCUGCGCUGCAGGACUCAUCAAAUCCUCCGCAACCGGAUCCCAAAGCUCCCGGCGUGGCCCACGGAGGGCAGAGGGAGUGCUCGGCCUUCUCCCCCCCUAAGAGGAGCUUUGGACAAUCCUUCCCCAACAACUCUCAGCCCCAGAACUCCAUGCACGUCUUGAACAAGCUGAGCAAGGACAGUGCUAAGCUGUCCAUGAAACUCAACUCCUUUCACUCCCUCAUCCAGCACUCGCUGAAUGAAAAAAGCGGCGGUGGUGGCGGCGGCGGCGGCGGCGGCGUUGGGCCGGAGCUCAGGCCUCCGUACUGCAAAGAGCUCUUAGAGGAGGCCGCCCGCAAGUUCAGGGAGGGAUCGGCCAAGGACGCUCAGGCUGUUAAAAUCACAGACCGCUACGCCAAAGACUUUCUGUCCAAGCCUGUGGGAACCAAGAUGGCGUCCAGCGAGUCGUUGUCCUUCUCGGUGGAAGCCAUACUGAAACGACCCACACCUGCCAUGAGCCGAGCAUUCCACUGACUUCACUCCAGUGUCUUCUCUUGCACUAGAACCAGCAGGUUCCUCUCAAACCGAAACCUGCAGACACUGCGUCGGAAAACACACGAGCGGGAAAUAUUUAUGUACAGUAUAUUAUAUUUUACAUGUGCAUGUUUAAUAACUUUAUUGUGUAGAGUAUUUAAACAUUAUACCGAUGUUUUCCUCAUGUCAAUAAACUUUAUAAGACCCAACUCUUUCCAUAAAAA